UUCCUCUGACAUAAUUUUCUGCGGAACGAUCCGAGGUUGUAGUUGAGUUUGGCUUGUUGCAAGUAGAGGUUUUUUUGCAUUCCUCCUCCAUUUCCACCACCAUGUCUGCCCUAAAGAGAUUUGCUCCUCUUUUCGACCGAGUCCUCGUGCAGCGUUUGAAUGCUGAGUCGACCACCAAGGGUGGAAUCCUGAUCCCAGAGAAAGCACAAGGAAAGGUCCAUGAGGGUGUUGUCCGCGCUGUAGGCCCCGGUGCCUUGAGGGAUGAUGGCUCCCGUGCACCAAUGAGUGUGAAUGCCGGUGACCACGUGUACUUGCCCGAAUAUGGUGGCACUAAAGUCACGCUUGAAGAGGAGGAAUUCACUCUCUUCCGUGACGCUGACCUUCUUGCCAAGAUCGCCGACUAAACGUUAACCCUCCACCACUGCUGCUGUUCCUGCUACCACUAAAGUACCACAGAACAGUCUACUUGCUAACUGCUGAUACUAUUUUAGUGCUGAUGCUACUUUUGAGUACCGUUGA